AUGCCUUCCCUCAACUACAGAGGGGCCGAGAUGGUCGCCAUCGUCACGGUUCUGGUCGGCAUCUCGUUCCUUGCAGUCCUCCUGCGAGUGUAUGCCCGGUUCAAGCGUCAAGUCCGAUUCGGGAUCGACGAUUAUCUGUGUUUCGUUUCGAUGGGCCUCCUGUUUGCCAUGUUGAUCGAGUUGGGUUUAUGGUGCACAAUCGGCGGCGAUGGCAAACACCAAGCCGACCUCGACAUGACAACCAUGCUCAACUUUGGCAAGAUCUUCCUCGCAAACCAGUUCACCUACUUUCUCCUCUGUCCCGCCAUCAAAACCUCCAUCGUGUGCUUCUACCGCCGUGUCUUCACAACCCCCAAAUUCCAACACACGACCUUUGCCCUCAACACCCUCAUCGUCGCCUGGGCCGCGGGCAUCGUCAUCGCCUGUGGUCUGCAGUGCCGCCCUAUCAAAUCCUUCUGGGACCCGCGCGCCGAGGGUAAAUGCUUCGAUCAGAACGAGUUCCUCGUCGUGAAUCAGAUCUUCAACGUCGUUAUCGAUUUUGUGAUUCUUGCGCUGCCCGUGCCGAUGAUUUGGAAUUUGCAGCGCGCGUGGCAGGAUAAGCUUGCGUUGAAUGGUGUCUUUGCGUUGGGUAUCUUCGUUUGCUUUGCGAGUAUCUAUCGUAUUGUCGUGCUGUUCUGGAUCGAUCCCACCGAUACCACGUACACCGUGUACCAAGCGACAUUGUGGACACACAUUGAGCCAUCCAUUGGAUUGAUCUGUUCCUGUUUGCCGAUUAUUCGUGGCCUGUUCCCAAAACUUAGGUUCCCCGGCGGCUCGUCGAAGCAGAAAUAUGGAUACGGCACGGCGCCGUACUACUUGUCCACCAGUGCGUCACAUUUUGCGACGUCCACAGGUCCCAGAUCGCCUGGUAUCGAUUACUAUAUCAAGAUGGAGGAGGGUAUUCUUUCGCGGCCUGAGACACGGAAGGAGGGUGAGGCUAUUGCUUACCCUGCUGAUUCGAAACUCGAUCUUUCUAGCAACGGUGGAAUCGCUGUUCGAACGGAAAUCGAUGUCACCCAAGAUGCAGCCUCAGCCAAGUCUAUCCGAUAG